AUGGUGCUCCAAGAUGUUGACAAUCAAGCUCAGGACAGCUUCUCAGACAACCCCAAUCCCUCCGACAUCGAUCCGUAUGCCUCGUCUUCCGCGCCGGGCCGCGCUGGCGGCGAGCGCUUCGACGCCUCCAGCCUGCCACGCCCAAUUCCCAUAAUCGGGCCAUUCAUUGGCUUCUCCGAGCGAGCGCUCCGCUUCAAAACCGACACAGCAGUACGAUAUGCCGAGAAGAAGAUCGGACGGUCGCUGCGUUCGGAGGAAUCUCAAGCCCUCGCAUUCCACCUCUACAAGCUCGAGAAGAUGAAGAGCUAUUACACCGCGGCUGGCGCAUCGGCAGGUGCAUAUAGAUGGUGGGCCACCAGGAGCACGAACCAGUACCCGUUUUACAAGCCCAAACCCGAGAGCAUCGACCCGAACAAAUUUGGUCCGAUCAGAGGGCCCGCCGCGAACCUGGCUCGACAGUCAUGGCGCUGUGGAUUGUAUCUGCUAGUUGCGGGCCAGAUGGGAGAUAUCAUUGGACAGAUCAUAUCACAGCCUAUUGUUGCGUACGAGACGUCUGUAGACCCCAAACUGGAGGAGUUUGCCAAGGAUCUCAAAGCCGCGACUGGGCGGGACGACAAGGCGAAUGGCGAGCGCGCUAGGAUGAUAGAGGAGCGCAAGAAGGAUUUUGAGGCGAGGAGGCGCCAGGAGGGCACGGGUGGAAUGGUGCCGCCGUACGGUGGUAGGCAAGAGCGGAAACAAGCACCGCCGCCCGCAGGGGACGAUGAUAUGAGUCCGACAGCCGGAAGCGAGCCUUGGGGGACGUCGAGUUCGAGUUCUUGGGGCGACUUUGCGAGCGAGGAGCAGCCGCAGCCUCAGCCUGAGCAGCAGUCCACCGACGUGCGCGCAAGAGAAUCAGCCCGUCAGCCCGCUCAGCCUACUCAAUCCGCAUCGUCCCCCUUCGACUACGAUGCGUCUCCAACAGGCGGCCUCUUCCAGUCCGAAUCUUCUCAGCCUACUGCGCAACCGGCCUCUCGUCCUGGCGAGUCGUCAUGGGAACGUCUGCGCCGCGGUGCAGCUGCGCCUCCACAGCAGGGCGCCUCGCAGCAAGAACGGGUCCAGCGUUUUGCGUCUUCUCGUCAGAGCAAUGGUAGUGCCGAGGGUUCGACGGCGAGUGACAGCUACCAGGAAGCGCGAGACGCGGAGCGGGAGCGAGCGCAGCGCGAGUUUGACGAACGGCUCGAGAGGGAGAGGCAAGGCGGGGAUUUCAACGAAGGAAGGGAAAAGAAGUGGUAA